AUGGAACACAUAACUGUAGAAUAUUAUCGUGCUAGUACUCCUUAUUUAUCACCAGAAGCUAUUGAGAAAAUUAUUCAAUCUCAAGGGACGGUUAAAAAUGCAUGCAGGAAAAUGGCUUAUAAAUAUAGUACUUCAACUCAUAGAAUAUAUGAAAUUUGGAAAAGGCAUGCUGAAGGAAUACCCUUGCACAAACAGCAACUAAUACAUAGUGUUGUUUCUUCUGAAAUAAUGUUUGAAAAUAAUACUUCGGAUAAGAAAUCAAAGAAAAGAAAAUCAGAAUCAGGUAUGGAGGCUAGCUUUUUAGCUAAUAAGGUUAGUAUAACUGAUAUUCUGAUAAAAAAAGUAGAUGAAAUGGAUGACUUACGAGUUAAGCUUGUACAAAAUC